CACACACACACACACACAGUCAAUCAGUCAUGCUUCUCCUGCUGUGUGCUGCGGUGUGCGUGGGCGCGGGCGUGGCGGGCGUGGAGGUGGAGGUGAAGGUGGCAGGAGGCGUGGUGAAGGGCGUGGAGAGAGAGAGUGAGAGAGGGAGAAUAUACCACGCCUUUCUCGGUAUACCAUAUGCCAGGGCGCCCGUGGAUAGGCUGCGCUUCAUGCCCCCCCAGGCCGCGGAGGGGUGGGAGGGCACCCUGGACGCCACGCACCCACGCCAGCCUUGUGCUCAGGCCGCCCUUGGUAUCAUGGAGGGCGUGGAAGACUGCCUAUAUCUGUUUGUGUACACGCCCAAGAAGCAGAACGGCAGCCUUCCGGUGGUGGUGUGGCUGCACGGGGGCGCCUUCGUGGUGGGGGGCGGCGUCCCUGAGAGAGAACCUACUGAUGGACCGAAAUGUUGUACUGGUGGUGCCGCAAUACAGACUAGGCCUACUGGGCUUUUUCCACACGCCCUCCGGCACCAGCGGGGGCAACAUGGGCGCCCUGGACCAGGUGUGGGCGCUGCGCUGGGUACAGGAGAACAUACACGCCUUCGGGGGGACAGGGGGCGUGUCACCUUGGCGGGGGACUGCGCGGGGGGGGCGUCUGCAGUCUACCAUAUGCUCUCCCCCCUGUCUGUGGGGCUGUUUCACCGUGUAAUAUCCUUCUCAGGGGCUCCUCUUACCCCCUGGGCCCUGUACACCCACAAUCACCGUUUUCUGUUGAUCCUGGCUAACUAUGUUAAAUGUCCUGCUCAUGACCAAAAGCUGACGGUGAAGUGUUUCCAAGAGUUAGGGGUGGAUGAGCUGCUACACCCUGUCCAGAUGAUGUGCGAGGCGCGGGACCCCUUAGUGGGCAACCACCGGCUGUCCCCCGUGGUGCAGGACCCAGAGAGGACCCCCGCUGAGUCCCUCUUCCUCCCCCACCACCCCCUCAUCCCCCUCACCAACGGCCCCCUCCCCGGUACCCGUACUGAUGAGUCUGACUGAGGGCGUGGGUAGUCACCUGGUGGACAUGCUUCUCUACGAUUUCAUUCGCUACAAACUUGAAGAUGAUGAAGGAUUCCUGCCCAAGUUGGUACCAAUGUUGCUGAAGGAGGCCUACAUGAAGAAUUAUACAGAUCAUGAAAAGGAAUUCCAGGAUUUUUAUUUUCCUGGAAUCAGCUGGAAUGAUCUGGACGAGAUGCUGCCCGGGCUGGAACAGAUGCUAGGGGACAUUCAAUUCCGCGCCGGUGUGUUGGGUACCGCCUCUCUCCUCUCCACCCACUCCUCCACCUACGUCAUGAGGUACGCAUACACCCAGGGGCCGCGUCUCUUCACCCACCGCCACCCUGACCCCUCCAAGGCGCCCCCCUCCCCCAUAAGGCGGGCCACGGUGAUGAGAUGGCAUUAAUUCUACCAGACCUGCCCCACACCUACACACCUGCCCAGGAGGACGCCACCACACACCUGCUGGAUAUGGUUGAAAAUUUUGCAUAUGGAAGGGCGCCGAGAGAGGACUGGCCUUUAUUUAACUCAGACACCCAUCCAACUCUAGUCUUCACAGAAAACGGAGACUUCAAAACAGAGCCGUUCGCUUCACCACGACACACUAAAAUGCUUCAAAAUAUUCACUCCUACCUCCACCACGAUGCUCUGGAGCGUGGUGGUGGUGGUGGUGGCAGUGGUGGUGCUGGUGGUCCUGGUGGUGGUAGCAAGGAUGAGCUGUAGUGGGAGUUAUUGGUGUUUUUAAUGGGAAUUUAGCUGCGUCGACUUUGUUUAUGCUUUUCUUACGGGAUCACUAUUCAGUAACAAUAAUAAUAAGAUUGUAUUGUUCAAGGGAAUUUUGUCUUACGUAUUUUAAUAUUAGAGAUUUUAUUAAUUUACGUUUGUCUUAACAUGUUUUUUUUUAUUAUUAUUAUUUUAAGAUAGAAGGAAAUCAAGUAAAAUUAGUUAUAUGAAAAUUUACGAGCACUGAAGAUUGUAAAGAGAAAUUUUGAUAGUAGAAUUAAAGAACAAUUUUAUUCAUUGUUGUUUUUUUUUUAAGAUAUUAGAAGAAAACGAAGACAAAUAAGUUAUAUGAAAAUUUACGAGUACUGAAUAUUGUAAAGAGAAAUAAAGGAAGAUUUUGAUAGUAGAAUUAAAAAAAAAAACAGUUUUAUUCAGUUACUCUUGUCUUCAUUGUUGUUGUUUUUGAAGAUAUUAGAAGAAAAAAAUCAACAGCGAUAAGGAAGUUUAGGACAGGAAGCCUAACCGAAAAUAAAAGUUUACAAUUUUGACGUAAAAUAUUUUCACGCCAUCUUGUCUUCACUGUUUUUUUGUAAGAUAUUAAAAGAAAAACAAGAAAACAACAGCGAUAAGGAAUUUUAGGAAAGGAAAAUGUACGGAAAUAAAAGUUUGUAAUUUUGAA